CGCCGCCGAGGUCCCGCCCCCACAUGCCCCGCCUCCUCCGCUUCCCAGUCGGCUUCGCGAGUCCCGCGCGCACUGGAGAUGGCGGCUGCAGUGGGAAGGUUUCUCCGGGCCUCGGUUGCCCGACACGUGAGUGCUAUUCCUUGGGGUAUCUCUGCCUCUUCAGCCCUUCGACCUGCUGCUUCCCGAAGAACAUGCUUGACAAACGUAUUGUGGUCUGGUUCUGCUCAAGCAAAAUUGGCUUUUAGCACCAGUUCUUCGUACCAUGCUCCUGCCGUCACCCAGCACGCACCCUAUUUUAAGGGCACUGCCGUUGUCAACGGAGAGUUCAAAGACCUAAGCCUUGAUGACUUUAAGGGGAAAUAUUUGGUGCUUUUCUUCUAUCCUUUGGACUUCACCUUUGUGUGUCCUACCGAAAUUGUUGCUUUUAGCGACAAAGCCAAUGAGUUUCACGAUGUGAACUGUGAAGUUGUUGCAGUUUCGGUGGAUUCCCACUUCACCCAUCUUGCCUGGAUAAACACACCAAGGAAGAAUGGCGGUCUGGGCCACAUGAACAUCGCACUCUUGUCAGACUUGACGAAACAGAUUUCCCGAGACUACGGCGUGCUGUUAGAAGGCCCUGGUAUUGCUCUAAGAGGUCUCUUCAUAAUUGACCCCAAUGGAGUCAUCAAGCAUUUGAGUGUCAAUGAUCUCCCUGUGGGCCGAAGUGUGGAAGAGACCCUCCGUUUGGUGAAGGCAUUCCAGUUUGUGGAAACCCAUGGAGAAGUCUGCCCAGCAAACUGGACCCCGGAUUCUCCUACAAUCAAGCCACAUCCAGCUGCUUCCAAAGAGUACUUUGAGAAGGUAAAUCAGUAGGUCAUCCAUCCCCUGCGUACCUGCAGCUUCUCCCAUCAGAAAGAACCACAUUUGGACUCACCUAUUAGCAUUUCAAAGAUGAUGAUUUCUAGAAGACAAAAAACCAAUUAUGUUUGCAUUCAUAAAUAAUACUCUGAGUGUUUUCUUUUUGUAACAUUGGCUAAGGCUUUUUUAAAUGUACUCACACAUACAAAGCGUCCUUUAUUGGUAACUUCUUGGUGGCUAGUUUAUAGAAUUUGCUGGUUCAUCUAUUCCUUCGAUUGUGUCUUCAAUGGGAAGAGCAAACACUCUUCUUUCUCAGCCUUACUCGAACUUUUCUGUGCAGCAGAGAAGUCAAACGAGCCCCCAAAGCUUCUGAUCGAGGGUCCUGAAAUUUUCUUCUUGGAUUUGUUUGUACUAAACUGAAUUUUCUUUUCAGGUAACAAAGAUCAUAGUUUGAAGGUGUUAAUGUCAGCAGUCUGCUUUAACUCUUGCAGUGGACGUAUAUGUACUUGAAACAAAUGUGAAUCAUGUUUUUAAAAAAA